AUGAGAGAUUCUAACCAUCGAUCACUGACGCUGAAUAAACCUAUAGUAACGAUAACGUCCACCGUGUAUGACCGAAGAGCACUUGACAUCAACUCCAGUAUCCCGCUAAUAAAUUCACUAAACUACUUAACGUACCUAACUUCGAAUUCAUCAAAAGUUAGAGAAACGGUAGCCAAUGACGGAGCCCUGGAAAGAUUGGUGUCAAUAUUGAGAAAUUGUCAUUUGAGUUUGUUUGAAUUACUGGAUUUGGAUUUAGAAGAUUUCAGUGAACAUGAUAACAUUAAGAACCUAUGGAAGGAGAAAAAACUUGCGUUAUGUGCAUGGAAAUGGACCCUAACCUUUCAGUGUCUAGUGUUAACAGGCACUAGAGGAACAGAACAAAUUCGGAAAAAAGUAGUAAUGUCUGGCGUCUUAUCUGUGCUGGUCACAGUGUUGGAUAAUUAUUUAUUAUAUCAUAAAAACUAUGACUUCAUCAAAGACCAAACCAUGAAUUUUGACUUUAAGGGAAUAACCACAGAAACGAUGUACAAGUUUUUGAGAAAGGACGAAAAUGAAACGUAUCAACAAUAUAUAGAGUUCAUUACAGGUCAGGAUAAAUUGAAAUUAUCAAAUGAUAAAACUUUUUUAAACGAACGAUUAGUGGCACCAUCCAUGACAAUCCCGACGGAUUUUAGUGAUACCUGGGUUGAUUUUGCACAUCUAGCUAGCAAUUUUGAUACUCACACUCACCACAAAAAAAAUGACGACGAUACUGACAUCGACACCGAUCGAAACAAUACAAAUUUCAAUGCAUAUGAAGAAUUCUUCUCCCAACCGGACGUUAAUAAACCUACCAUCUCCACGCCACGUGAAUUCUUUUUAGGAAGAAUCGUGCCCAAACAAGACGACGUUAUUUGGUCUCUUCAAUUGUUAGCUUUCGUUUCUAAAUACACAUACAUGAAGUCUACCCUACAAAAUGUUGAACUGGUGGAAUCUUUAUCAUUCAGAAGCAUGGCUACUCGAGUGAAACAACGAAUUUCGGAGGAUAAUGACAUAGAAGAACAAGAAAGAAAUGUCACCGUAAAAUUUUCCACACUAUACCCCUAUCUAUCAAAAACUUCUAAAAAUAAUCCCGAUCAUAAAAAUUCGGAUUCUAGUAAAGAUAAUCCAUUCUUUGAAGAGUUGAAAAAACUUUCAAACAAAUGUCAGCAAAAGGAACAAGAGCGAAUGUCCAAUAUUCGCUGUCCGGUUUUAAAUUUAUUCGAACGUUAUCGUGUGCCCAAACCCAAUGAUAAUAAUGCUAAUAAUACAGACAAGGAAAGAAUUAUUUUAAGAAAAAAGCUAUCGGAGAAAUUUGAAAGAAAUUGGAACUAUGAGAAAAUGAAGAAAAAAUCAACUAACAGCAUUAACGACUUUAAAUCACUAUCAAACAUUGUAAACAUAUUUCCUUUGGUAGAAAAAUAUACUGUGAAUACAGAAAACACGCAUGAUAUUAUCUACUGGAGUUCAGUCAUUAUGAGAAAUUCAUGUCGAAAGAAUGAGAUCUUAGGCGUACGCCAAUGUGCCAAUUUCUCAUGCGGCAAAUGGGAAGACUUUCCAAGACAAUUUGCCAAGUGCCGUCGAUGUAAAAGAACGAAAUAUUGCUCAAGGAAAUGCCAAUUAAAAGCGUGGGGUUAUCAUAGAUAUUGGUGCCAUGAAGUUGGAUCAAGUCAUUUAAGAUCCACUAACACUACCACAGGCGUCAAUACUCCAAAUGAACCGGGCUCCUUAAACACUACUGCCACGACGGCAGCUGACGUUUCAAAUUCUACCAGCACUUUCGCUCCGAAUAUUUCUACCACCGUGCCUGAUGAAAUAGGCAACGCCGACGAUAACAGUAUACCUGAAUAA